UUUAUCGUACCAUUUCUGUCUCCACAGGAUGAGUACUCCAUCUUCCCUCAGACGUACUCCAUAGACAUAAAUGGCUAUAUCCUGGUCUAUUCCGUCACGUCCAAUAAAAGCUUUGAAGUGGUCCAAGUGAUUCACGAAAAACUGCUGGACAUGGUGGGGAAAGUUCAAGUUCCCAUCAUGCUUGUUGGAAACAAGAAUGACCUGCACAUGGAGCGAGUAAUCAGCUGCGAAGAAGGGAAAGCAUUAGCCGACUCCUGGAACGCUGCCUUCAUGGAAUCCUCGGCCAAAGAAAACCAGGUACCGGGUGAAAAUAUUUCGCACAUAUCAGGAGAAUGUGUCAGUUGUUUUCGAAGCUUGAGGACAAUAAACAUAAAUACUCCCAAAUAUGGGGAUAUAUAUAAGAUUGCAGCUAUCAAAACAUAUUCAUGCACAUUAAAUAUGAUAUUUCGUGUCUAAUGUUACAAAUUGAUAUAUCAAAUUUAUGUCAGAAAAUAAUAAGUUGUUGUUUUGCAUUGUUACAUUUCCUAUUUCCUGCCUCUGGUGCGGUCGCAACAGG